AUGGUGUACAGAGCGAAAAGAAAGGGUGAGAAAGAUCAGUUGGGUUUCAUGAGAGAGACUUGGGUCCCGGGGCCUGCGAUAGUGAACAUGCCGGACCUGCACGACCACAACACGUGCAAGUACGUAUACCGCGACAAAAAUCGGGGGGCGUUCAACUAUUGUUUUGAAACAGCUGCUGAGCGCGACGCGUACAUUCAGUUGUCAAACAGCGCUCCGUUCUGGAAUGACCGGAAGGAGUUGCUUUCAGAGGUGCAGUACGCCGACCCGUUUAGGAAGGCGGUGGAGCUGACGUCGAAGGCGCAUCAGGAGCAGCCGAAUUUGCUUCCAAUGCUCCCGUUUGACCAAAGAAAGGGUGCUCGCGCGGAGCGAAUGGGGCGGUUGGACUUUUUUCUGCGCAGCAGCCAAACGUAUAUGCCUCCCGCGCCAGAAUGA